GGGCCGUGAUGGCGGCGGUGCGCGUGCGCGCUCGCUCCGGGGCCCUCCUCCGGAGAGAAGCAGCCAGCGGGCCCGGGACGGGCCAGACUGACUGCGCCCCGCCAGAGUGAAAGGGCGGUGGCGGCGCUGGGCGGGGCCGAGCUCCAGGGCUGGCAGCGGGGCUGCGGUGGGGCCUGCGAGCCGCUCAGGCGUGGCGGGGCCGGCCGAGCGGAGUCCGCGCGCGUCCCCGCUGAGCUGCCCGCUCCGACGGCUGCGCUGCUCCCCCGCGGCGACGUCGCGCCAGUGUCUCCAGCAUGACGGAGCUGAGGCAGAGGGCCGUCCGCGAGCCGGACGGUCCGCCCGAGGACAAGGAGUCAGAGUCAGAAGCAAAGGUAGAUGGAGAGACCGCAUCAGACAGUGAGAGCCGAGCAGAAGCUUCUCCCCCACUAAUCCCUGCAGAUGAUACCCCGGAGGUCCUCAACAGGGCCCUUUCCAGCUUGUCUUCAAGAUGGAAGAACUGGUGGGUGAGAGGCAUCCUGACUUUGGCCAUGAUUGCAUUUUUCUUCGUCAUCAUUUAUCUGGGACCAUUGGUUUUAAUGAUGAUUGUGCUGUGUGUUCAGAUUAAGUGUUUCCACGAGAUUAUCACUAUUGGCUACAAUGUUUACCACUCCUAUGACCUGCCCUGGUUCAGGACCCUCAGCUGGUACUUCCUACUGUGUGUAAAUUAUUUCUUCUAUGGUGAAACAGUGACGGAUUACUUCUUCACUCUGGUCCAGAGAGAGGAGCCUUUGCGGAUUCUCAGUAAAUACCACCGGUUCAUUUCCUUUACUCUCUAUCUAAUAGGAUUCUGCAUGUUUGUACUGAGUCUGGUCAAGAAGCAUUAUCGACUCCAGUUCUACAUGUUUGGCUGGACCCAUGUAACGUUACUGAUCGUUGUAACCCAGUCCCAUCUUGUCAUCCACAACCUGUUUGAAGGAAUGAUCUGGUUCAUUGUCCCCAUCUCUUGUGUGAUCUGCAAUGACAUCAUGGCCUAUAUGUUUGGUUUCUUCUUUGGUCGGACCCCACUCAUCAAGCUGUCCCCGAAGAAGACUUGGGAAGGCUUCAUUGGGGGCUUCUUUGCUACUGUGGUGUUUGGCCUUCUGCUGUCCUAUGUGAUGUCUGGGUACAGAUGCUUUGUCUGCCCCGUGGAGUACAACAAUGACACCAACAGCUUCACUGUGGACUGUGAGCCCUCGUACCUGUUUCGCCUGCAGGAGUACAACAUUCCUGGGGUGAUCCAGUCGCUCCUUGGCUGGAAAACAGUCCGGAUGUACCCCUUCCAGAUUCACAGCAUUGCCCUCUCCACCUUUGCCUCGCUCAUCGGCCCCUUUGGAGGAUUCUUCGCAAGUGGAUUCAAACGAGCCUUUAAAAUCAAAGACUUUGCCAACACCAUUCCUGGCCAUGGAGGCAUCAUGGAUCGCUUUGACUGCCAGUAUCUGAUGGCCACCUUUGUCAAUGUGUACAUCGCCAGUUUUAUCAGGGGCCCGAAUCCGAGCAAGCUGAUUCAGCAGUUCCUGACCUUGCGGCCAGAUCAGCAGCUCCACAUCUUCAACACGCUUAAGUCUCACCUAACCGACAAGGGGAUGCUGAUGGCCGCCACGGAGGAUGAAUAGGGGCCACGCAGGGUCGGGAGAGCAGGAGCAGGACCGAGCGAGGGGCAGGGCUCCAAGGCAAGCCCAGCUGUGUGACAUAGAUGAUGACAAGGCUUCAACUCACUGUCUUUUUUUUUUUUUUUUUUUUUUGUAGAGUGUUUUUUAUUUGUGGGUUAAAAAGAAAUCUGUAUAUACAGUCUGUGUGCUUAUGAUUUGGGUUGUGAGUAAACUAUAGCUUUGAGUUGGAAAGAAGUCACAGAGGUAAAACCAUGGUGUUUUUUAAACAAAAGUUUUUGACAACCGAGAAGACAGUGUUGCCCAGCUCGGGAGCAUCUGCUUGGCGCUUCUAGCUGCAAUCAGUUGAACUGUUUCUGGGCUCGAGCAGAGAGUGGACAUACAUCUGUGUCCGACAGUUCAGGGGACCCCUGCCGUGUUGGUAGCUGCCCCCGAGCAGGGAAGAGGAGCAUGGCUUGGAUGUCUUUGCUGCUGGAGAGCUAUCACCUGGGCUUCUCAAUAAUCCCUGGCUUGGAGCUGCAGGAGGGUUGCCUUUUCCAGGCCGGAAGGAUGAAGGCUUAUUAAUCAGAUAAGCAUUCUCUCCACACAAAAUCCUGCGGAGCAUGAGCUCUGCUUUCUGAUAUGGGUUCACCUUACUUCAUCACACACUGAAAGAAGGUUUCAGCUUUUGUUUUCUUCAGAAAGCACGAAAAAUUAUUUAUAAUAGUCUGGGAAAAAAAAACACACUGUAAUAUUUCAGGUGUGUGCAGUAGAAUGUACUGUAACCGAGCCCUUUCCCACAGGUUUUAGGGUCAGGUGGCUCCUGUAGGGCAGUCCAGCUAACCGUGUCUUUUCGGGGGCGAUGCCAUUCACCUUUGUGCUGUAGAUUUGCUGCUGAAUCCUUCCUGGGGGCUUUCCCGUUAGGCAGGGGGCAGAGGGCUUCUGGUUCUUGCACCUUUUGCCUGACCGACCACCCAUGUAGCUGCUGUGUUGUAUAUAUAUUACUCUUAAGGCAAGUGUGUAUCUGUGUGUGUUUUAAAAAUCACUUAUUUCUUAUAGUGAUUUCAAGUGUACCAUGACUUCACUGAAACCACAAAGUCCUGCUUUAAACUCUGGAAAACCUAACCCGAUUAGAGAUUUGACUGUUGUGAAGAUUAAAUGCACACUUUUUAUAUAAUGU